AUGAGCUCCAGUGGCUCGUCAUCGUCUUCUAGCAGUGACUCUUCGCGCAGCUCUAGCAGUGACUCUUCGCGCUGCGCUGCGCCGCCCGACUCCUGUGAUGCGUCCAUUGACGUCUCCAGUGAGCAGGAAGAUCUUUUUGCUGAAGAGGACGAUGCGACGUCGGAUGAAGAGCCGAAGCGUGUGGAUGUCUUUCAGGAUGUUGUGAGUGCCACACAGAAGACCAAGUACCAAGGCAGCGUUGUGCAUUUUUGGACCUUCCCACGCACGGACAAAGAGGGUGCGGUGACAGCAACAAGCUAUGGCAAGAAACAUCUGGCGAAAAUGAAUGGUCCGGGCAGCGUUGAGUACUAUGUCAUCGUUGCUGAAGAGCAUCAAGGGUCGGAACGAUCUUGGGAACGCACAAAGCACUGGCAUGCCGUCUUGAAGUUGAGUCGCCGCAUCAAGUGGAAGGCCUUGGCCCGCCGAUUGCGUGCCAAAGGUCUGUACGGUCAUCUGGCGCUACCACGGAUGCAUGCUGAUUUCUUCCGAUGCCUGCGUUAUUUGCUUGCACCGACGCCCAGAAAAGGCCAACAGCAAUUGGAUGAGAACCCAUAUUUCUCCAGCGCAUUUCCGAUGGAUAUGAUGGAGAAGAGAAUGAAAAAGUUCAUGAACGUGUCCGUGCGACCGUCAGAUGUGUGCAGCAUCGUCCGGCGCAUGAAGUUUACCCGCUUCCAGGAACUGGUGGACUGGUGCAAAGCCCAGCGGAAGCGCGGCAAUGGUGUUUAUGAGGCUUUCUUGGCCAAGCAAGGACAGAAAAUGCCCGGCUUAUUCGCGUCAUGGCAACAGAUCCUUUGUGAGCCCGCCGCAGCUGCCGGUCUUCGACUCCAGCGCAUGCAGAUGUGGGAAGCGGCGGCGCAGUCUCCCUGCGUGUGUGUGAGCCCGGACCGCCUGCAGACUGCUCUUGACCAGCUCCUGGAUCACCACAAA